AAACAAACUCUUGAAACAACAACAUAAAUCAAUUGAAUAAAAGAGAGUUUCGUGUGCAUUCUUUAAUAUUCUACCCACGUCUGCCGCACUCUCCCCCUUGCUCGAGAUUCCACCUAACCGACAAUUAUUUUCAAAUUGUGCCUGUCAUGGAGAGGACGUGGCGACAUCUUUUUCUGACCGUUUUCGUUUUCCGCGAGACGCUGGGAUUUGGCAUCAGAAAUGAACACCUGGGGAAGUGUUUGCAGCUGCAAGUUUCUAGGUCCAGGGGAGUGACACUCGAAGAAUGUAGUCCUGGUUCAGCCCUUCAGGAAUGGCAUUGGGACCAUGAAACUCUGGCAUUGCGCAGUCUGCAGACAGGAGAGUGCCUCAGCACCCCAGAAGUACCGGGGCACGUGAGCAUCCACUUGAAGAAUUGUGGAACAAACAGUGAGGAGAGGGAAGGACAAGUCUGGAGCUGCUCCAAAAAGGGUCACCUCACUCUUCAAGGGAGCCGGUUGCACCUCAGCGCACAGCAUGACAAAGUCUUCCUCACCAAGGAGCGUGGCAAAGGAAGCAAGUGGAGGACAAUGAGCAACCGUACUAUCUGCAGUGAACACAGAUGGAAUGGACAUGAUAUAGCACAGAAAAUUCUUCCUUUCGAGAUCUCAUCUUCAACUAGCAGCAUUAAUACUUUCCUGCAGCAGAACUCAGUAGAAGAUGGACUGGCUUUCCCAAACCCCACUAAGAUGGACUUGGACCACAUCAGUCAUUCUUCCAGAAACUCAGGAUCUGAAGAUUCUUCAAAGGCCUUCCUUAGUCAGGAGUAUGGGCUGACCUGGAAAGUGACCAUGCUGAUCCUCAGCUCACUGGCUUUGGUUCUCGGGGUGAUUAUUCUUCUUCUGAACAUCCAUUACAACAGGAAGAGGAAGAUACUUUGCGUACUCAGGUCAGUCACUCCGAAUGAGAUGGGUGCUCAGCAAGGAUCCCCAGUGCCCAAUGAGAGGGCGCCCCUCACCCAGCACCCCAUGCGACCUGGACACUCCUCUUCCCUACAGCGGGGUGAGAUCCUCAUUGAGUGGAAGGACGGGAGCAUCACUCCUCUUUUUGAAAACAGUAGUUACAUGACUGACUGAUUAUAAAUUUGUCCCAGCAGCCACUUUGUUACCUUAAGCUAUUUAAUGACACAUUUAGGGUAGUUUCUGUAAUCUUUACAAAUGUUUUUCUUAGUACCAAGGAGCAUAUUUGUUGGGAAUUUAAUCCAUAUAUAGCAGUAAAAUGAUGCCCCAGUAUCUAUUAGAGUGCAACGUUUAUGUAGAAGAAAUAACAGUUCUGUCCUACAUUCUGUUUGUUUUGUAACGCUGUAUUAGAGAGGGUUAUUAAAAUUUAUGUAAAUGUACAUAAAUAGAUGUAACAAAUGUGUAAAGCAGGCCAGUCACUCCUAUUUCAAAACCUUGAAAAAUCAACAUAAAUAGUGAUCGUGACUCAAAAAUGAUGCCUGUAUGUAUUUUCAUUUAAAGGGCAACUCUUUAGAAAAGGAAUUAAAUUUUUCACUACUUAAAAAAUAAAGUGUUUUAAAAAGCUGGUUCUAAAAAAAAAACACACAUACAUUUUUAAAGCGUAAGGCAUCUAUUUCAAUCUUUAAAAUUUUAAAUAACAUUUUAACAGUCUCUGUUAACAUAACAGUCUCUAUUGCAAUGCAAUUUAGUCAUAUUUAUCUAUGUUAGAUAUACUGAUAAAUAAUUGUGACCUUUGUUUAGAUUUUUGUAGUUAUAUUGUUAUAUCUUUUAUUGUACUAUUAUAGCAGUGAUCUUCCUUUCAAAAUAUGGUGAUUUGUAUUAUCAUCAUGGUAGUUAACAGGCAAACUAACAUUAGAGAGGCAUUUUUAACUGUUAUUACAACAACAAUAAUAAUAAUAAUAAUUAUUAUUAUUAGUAUUAUUACAAUACACUGGUGCUACUAGUGCAAUUAUGAUUAUAAUAAGAUGAGAAUAGGCUAGGGGAUUAUUCACUUACAAUUAAUGUAUUAUGGUUUAUUAUGGGUCACAUGUGUGCGGAGUUUGCAUGUUCUCGUGUCGUCGUGGGGUUUCUUCCGGGUACUCCGGUUUCCCCCCACAGUCCAAAAAACAUGCUGAGGCUAAUUGGAGUUGCUAAAUUGCCUGUAGCAAUGCAUGUGAGAGUGAAUGGUGUGUGAGUGUGCCCUGUGAUGGGCUGGCCCCCUAUCAUGGGUUGUUCCCUGCCUCGUGCCCAUUGCUUCCGGGAUAGGCUCCGGACCCCCCGCGACCCAGUAAGGAUAAGCGGUUUGGAAAAUGGAUGGAUGGAUGGAUGGUUUAUUAUGAGAUAAUUGCAGUUUACAGUGGUAUUGUAUUGCAUAAUUCUUGAUCACUGACACUGUGUAUGGACCUUCAUUUUCCAAAAUAAGCUACUCCACAGAAAUAAAUGGCUGUUAGGUUGUUGUUAAGAAUGAAACCAAUUAUUAGUGAAACCAGUUCUAUGGUUUCAGAUAUUUAACAAGAAAUUCUUAAUAAAUACACCAUUAUGUAUUAUUAAUAAAUACACUUUCAGCAACCAGGUAUGUGGAAAUAUAGUACAUAUUAAUCAUUUUGAAUUUUUAAUUCUUAUUUUAAUUAAAAGUAUGAGGACAAAGUACACAGAUUUAAAUUGAUAUGCAGUGAGAGACCAGGUGUGAACAAAACAAUAAAGGAAUUUAUGAUGGACUGAUGCAGUUUAUACAAACAGGAAAUCUGAAAUUCAAAUUUCAAGCAAAAUGUUCCAGAAAUACAACCAGCUUAAUCAGUUUAAAGUAACAUUUUUUGAAUAUUCUUGUGAAGUAGUACAGUAUAGUCUGUACAAGUUCACUCUAUGCGUCUCAUUUAUGUUUUGAAAAAAACAUCAGAUGGUACAAUUACUAAGCAAAUGGUUGAAAAUACUUUUAUGCCUCUCAGUGUUAUAGUCUGUUCUAAUAAAUGUUUUGUCGCUACAAUAACAAAACCUACUCCUCAGGAUAUGUUCCUAGAAUUCUUAUUAAGUAAAUAAUACCAGAGCAUUUGUGUUUACUCUUUUUUUCUGAAACUACAAUAAAGGGUGUGUCAUCAUGCAAGGUC